UCUUUUCUUUUCACAAUUCUCUUAAUUAUAAAACAUUUAUAUAAAAUAAUGUUAAAAAAAAGGGAUGAGAUUGACAUUUUAACAAAUUUAAACAUUUAAUUAAAAUUUUGAGAAGUGGAAGUAGGUAAACUUUUAAUUUAAAGAUUACCCUGUUAACCUACUAAUAAUAUUAAAAGGGUCUUGGAAGAAUAGCCGAAUAGAAUAAAAAUACUAAACUAAGUACUACACGUCCAAGAACAAACUAACCAUAUUAUUAUAAAAGAAAAGAUCAUAUACAUAUUUAAUAAACAUGGAAGAUAUAUUUUUUAAUAAAGUUGUUAUUAUUAUUCACAUGUCUAUUUUAAUAUUAACUAGUCACCAUGAUUACGCGCGAAAGACCGAGAAACAAUAAUAUGAAAGUAAACAAAGCAAAGAAAAACUUUAGUCUCUUUUGGAUUUUUCUAUAUUUGUUUCUAGAUCAUAGUUUCUUUCCCACAAUAAUGCAUAUUUUUAUUCAAAGUCAUGAAUGUGAACAGUGAGAUAUAGGGACCUCUCCCACCAAAUGCAAAAAUUAACAUAAGUGACAACCAUUGGAGAAAUGGCUCACUUCCACCAAAUAUAAAAAUAAUGUCCAUUGAUAGAUGUUCAUUCCCUCGGAAACAGACUUAAAGCGACCAAGUUUUGGACCAAACUGGUAAAAAAUAGACCAAAGUGUUCACAUGUGACACAUGCAUACCACUUGGUUAUGCUGUUUAUAAGCAACACUGAUCUCCCUCUAAUUCACUAUGAUCACCACCAUAUCCUCAAUCUUAUUCCUUGAUUCAAAGAUCUUGUUGUAGUUAAAUCAUGGCACCCACCUUUCAAAGGGAAAAAUCCAUCGUGAUUCUAUCUUUUUGUGUCUUUCUAACACUCUUGUUGCGCCAAGCUGCUGCUGAAGAAGGUGAAGCAAAUGCUUUGUUAAAGUGGAAACAAAGCCUUGACAACCAAACCCAAGCUUUGUUGUCAACUUGGAGAGGUACUAUUAGUCCAUGCAAAUGGGAAGGAAUUCAGUGUGACAAAUCCAAGUCUGUCUCUAGCAUAAACCUUGCAAAUUAUGGACUCAAAGGUACACUUCACAGUCUCAGCUUCUCCUCACUCCCCAACCUCCUUAGCCUAAAUAUAUACAACAACUUCUUCUAUGAUACCAUUCCUCAACAAAUAGGUAACAUGUCCAAAGUUAAUGAUUUGAACUUCUCCUCAAAUUCUUUUGAUGGUUCCAUCCCUCAAGAAAUGGGGACAUUAAGGAGUAUUCGUAAGCUUGAUCUUUCAUUAUGUCUACUAAGUGGAGAGAUUCCCAAUUCCAUAGCAAACUUGUCCAACUUGUCAUUUCUAGAUUUAGGUGGCAACAAUUUUUCUAGCUCCAUUCCUCCAGAGAUUGGAAAGUUGAUUAAUUUGGAGUAUCUAGGGAUUGCAGGUAGUAAAAUUUUUGGUUCCAUUCCCCAAGAAAUUGGAAUGUUGACAAACCUUAGGCUUAUUGAUUUGUCAAGAAACUUUCUCUCUGGUCCUAUCCCUGAAACAAUAGGUAACAUGAGCAAUUUAAAUCAACUUUACCUUUCUAAUAACACUAUGUUAUCUGGGCCAGUUCCAUCUUCCUUAUGGAAUAUGUCUAACUUGACCUUGCUCUACCUUGAUAAAAAUAAAUUUUCUGGAUCAAUCCCAGCUUCCAUAGAAAACUUGGCCAAUUUAGUGGAUCUUGCACUUGAUAAAAACCAACUUUCCGGGACAAUUCCUUCCACCAUUGGAAACUUGACAAAACUCACCGAUUUGUAUUUGGGUUUUAAUAAUCUUUUUGGAUCAAUUCCACCCUCUAUAGGAAAUUUGAUAAAUUUAAAUGCCCUUAGUCUCCAAGUAAACAAUCUCUCUGGAACAAUUCCUGCCACAAUUGGAAAUUUGAAAAUGCUCAAAGUUUUGGAAUUGUCCACCAACAAACUUAAUGGCAGCAUUCCACAAGUCUUGAAUAACAUUACCAAUUGGCUUUCCUUUUUAGUUGCUGAGAAUGAUUUUAUAGGUCAAUUGCCGCCUCAAAUAUGUUCUGGUCAGUCACUAGUGUACUUAAAUGCUUUUGACAACCAUUUCACUGGUCCAAUACCAACAAGCUUGAAGAACUGUUCCAGUAUUGUUAGACUCAGACUUGAAGGAAACAAAAUGGAAGGAGAUAUAGCACAAGAUUUUGGUAUAUAUCCAAAUUUAAAAUACAUUGAUUUGAGUGACAAUAAAUUUUCUGGUCAAAUUUCACCGAAUUGGGGGAAGUGCCUCAAUCUCUAUACCUUCAAGAUAUCCAAAAAUAAUAUAUCUGGUCGUAUCCCAACGGAAUUUGUUGAGGCAUCCAAGCUAGGUGCUCUUGACCUUUCUUCUAACCACUUGAAUGGAAAGCUUCCAAAGGAAUUGGGUAGUAUGAAAUCAUUAGUUCAACUCAAGAUUAGCAAUAAUCAUCUUCUAGGAAACAUUCCAACAGAUAUUGGGUUACUGCAUAAUCUUGUAGAUUUGGAUUUGGGAAAUAACAAUUUCAGUGGCACAAUACCAAUAGAAGUUGUGGAGUUACCGAGGUUACAAAACUUGAAUUUGAGCAAAAACAAAAUUGAUGGAAGCAUUCCCUCUCAACUUAGUCAAACUUUGGCAUCUAUUGAUCUUAGUUCCAAUUUAUUGAGUGGAAUAAUACCAUCAACUCUUGGAGGGUUGCAAUUCUUGUCAAUGUUGAAUCUCUCACAUAAUAGUCUUUCUGGCACCAUUCCUUCCACUUUUAGCAAAACAUUAGAUUUUGUCAACAUAUCAGACAACCAAUUGGAAGGGCCACUUCCAAACAGUCCAGCUUUUCUUCAUGCUUCAAUUGACUCAUUGAAAAAUAACAAAGGCUUGUGUGGCAAUGUUCCAGGCUUGAUUCCAUGUCCAACCAACCAUAAUCGAAAAAGCAACAACGUCAUUAUGGUGGUGUUCCUUAUUUUAGGAAGUGUGAUACUAGUGUUGUGUGGGAUGGGAUUUUUAGUGUAUACUUUUUGUUGCAGUAAAAGAAAAGAAGAAAGUCAUUUUGAAGAAGCACCAAAGGAAGUAUUCUUUUCUAUAUGGAGCUAUGAUGGAAAAAUGAUGUUUGAAAACAUCAUCGAAGCUACAGAGAAUUUUGAUGACAAAUAUCUCAUUGGAACAGGAAGUCAAGGAUAUGUUUACAAGGUGCAGUUUUCUACAGGUUUGGUUGUUGCUGUGAAAAAACUUCAUUCAGUGAUAGAUGAGGAAAUGUCAAAUUUUAGUUCCAAGGCUUUUGCAAGUGAGAUUCAAACCUUGACAGAAAUCAAACACAGAAACAUUAUAAAAUUGCAUGGAUUUUGCUCACAUUCACAGUUCUCAUUCUUGGUUUAUCAAUUCUUGGAAGGGGGUAGCUUGGAUCAAAUGCUUAAUAAUAAUACACAAGCAAUUGAAUUUGAUUGGGAAAAAAGGGUGAAUGUUGUUAAAGGUGUGGCCAAUGCUUUAUCUUAUUUGCAUCAUGAUUGUUCCCCUCCUAUAGUUCAUCGUGACAUAUCAAGCAAGAAUGUUCUUCUAGAUCUUGAAUAUGAAGCUCAUGUCUCUGACUUUGGGACAGCUAAGUUUCUAAAGCCAGGUUCACGUAGUUGGACCCAAUUUGCAGGCACCUUUGGGUAUGCUGCUCCAGAGUUGGCUGAGACAAUGGAAGUGAAUGAGAAAUGUGAUGUUUAUAGUUUUGGUGUACUUGCUUUGGAAAUCAUAAUGGGAAAACAUCCAAGAGAUCUCAUUUCUCAAUUUAUGUCACCAUCUUUGGCUCAAAUUGCAAAUGAUUUACUACUAGUUGAUGUGUUAGAUCAAAGACCUCCUCAACCUACAAAGCCAAUUGAUGCAGAGGUGAUCUUGGUUGCAAGGUUAGCAUUUGCUUGCUUGGAUAAAAAUCCACGUUCUCGACCAACCAUGGAUCAAGUAUCUAAGACACUUGUAGCAGGGAAAUCACAUUUGCCUGAUCAAUUUUCCAUGAUUAGAUUAGGACAACUCUACUAA